GCCCAUCGUUCAGAAAUGCAAGGAACGGACUUUUCAGACGUAUGCUAUCUGGUAUUUUAUUCCUUGUAUAGGCUGUCCAUCUUUUGAGAGAAGGUUUCGAAUCGGGAGUCAUCAGUUCAGUGGAGUCACGGAAAAAGGCUAUCCAAUCUAUUUUAAACAUGUUAAAUGAAAACGCGGAUGCAGUAUUCGAAGCAUGUAAAAAGGAUUUGCACCGCUGCCGAGCCGAAACUAUGAGUUCGGACUUAGCUGCUUCUAGGAAAGAAGCCCGAUGUAUGCUGGCCCAUAUGCACGAGUGGCUUCGGGACGAAUACGUGUCUCGCACCUUCCUUUCCGCUCUGGACACACCAUAUAUUCAGCGUCAACCCCUUGGAGUUGUGCUGAUAUUUGGUUCCUGGAAUUUCCCAUUUGUAUCCGUGUUUGAGCCCUUGAUCGGCGCAUUGGCUGCAGCCUCAUCCAUGCUCUUAUCCACCAUUGUACCCAAGUAUCUAGAUAAG